CGUGCACACAGUCGGUAACGUAACACUAUUAUGGCGCUUUAUCAAAGCUCUUUAAAUCCUUCGGAGAAAGGAAUAUGUAGAUAUUCUAAACAUCGAAUAAAGUUUGAUUAACAUUUGCAAACUUAUGAGACAAGAAAGGAACGAUCAAAUUUUUCUUGACAUUCGAUGAUCUUGUAAAUAUGAGCAGUUCAACGUUUAUUCUUGACAACGGUGCCAACACCGCAAAAGUUGGGUUAGCCUCUGACAGCCCAAAAUUAGUUCCUAAUUGUAUAAUGAAAGCGAAAAGCGAACGACGAAGGCCGUUCGUCGGGAAUCAGAUUGAAGAAUGUCGAGACGCAUCCGGUCUCUUCUAUAUACUACCCUUUCAGAAAGGAUACCUUGUUAAUUGGGACGUACAAAAAACCGUAUGGGAUUAUGUGUUCUCGAAAGAAUGCUGCCCUGUAAAUUUGAGUCACCUCUCUGUAGUUGUGACCGAACCACUAUAUAAUUUCUCCACUGUCCAAGAAGCUAUGACGGAAAUAUUCUUUGAAGAAUACGAGUGCCAAAGUUUACUGAGAAUCAAUCCAGCUACCCUCUCUUGUUACCGAUAUAAAUCAGGAAAUCCUAACACAAAAUGUUGCAUAGUAGUUGACAGCGGAUAUAGUUUUACCCACAUAGUACCCUACAUAAACGAUGUCAAAGUAAAAGAAGGUAUCAGACGGAUUGACGUAGGUGGAAAACUUCUCACCAAUCAUUUAAAAGAGAUAAUAUCUUAUCGUCAACUGCACGUUAUGGAUGAAACUUUUGUUAUAAAUCAAGUGAAAGAGGAUUCUUGUUUUGUGUCGCAAAACUUUUUCAAAGACAUGGAAAUUGCUAGAAACAAGUUGGAGAAUAAUCACAUAAUCAAAGAUUACGUUUUGCCGGACUAUACAACGCUAAGACGAGGUUACUUGAAAAGUCCUGAGCCUCCCAACGAACAGCAAACUCUACGAUUGAGUAACGAAAGGUUCGCUAUACCAGAAAUAUUGUUUUACCCAUCCGAUGUUGGUAUUCGACAGAUGGGUAUACCAGAAGCGAUUAUGGAUUGUUUGAAAUCGUGCGAUGAGGAAACGUGGCCUCAUCUAUUGUCCAACAUCGUCCUUACAGGUGGGAAUGUAAAAUUCCCAGGAUUCCAAGAAAGAAUUUAUACAGAAGUUAGAAGCCUUGCUCCUGCAGAGUUCACGAUAAACGUUUAUUCGCCUGAGAACCCAAUCACGUACGCAUGGUACGGUGGUAAAACAUUAUCAGAAGAUCCAUCGUUUUCAAGCCUUUUAGUUACCAGGGAGGAGUACGAUGAAGAAGGUCAAAAUCUUUGUUUCGAAAAAUUUGAUAUUUAAUCAUGCCAAAUAUUACGAAUACAAUUAAUGUAUAUUUAAUUAAAUAUCUUUUCUAAUGAUGUCCGAUCGCUCUGAAUGUAGUAUGUAUUUAGUUUUCAAAUUAUAAUUUAUCAGUCCACCAUA